AUGGACGCCCAAGCAGAAACCGAAAUGCCCACGGGUAACGUGAGCGACGAGCCGUUCCUCGGCCCGUUGGACAUCAUCCUGCUCGUCAGCUUGCUGGCCGGUACCGCCUGGUAUCUGCUGAAGGGCAAGAAAAAGGAAAACCAAGCUAGUCAGUUCAAAUCCUACUCGAUCCAACCUACAACGGUAAACACGAUGACAAUGGUGGAGAACUCGUUCAUCAAAAAGCUGCAAUCCUCCGGCCGUCGUUUGGUGGUGUUCUACGGUUCCCAAACAGGCACGGCAGAGGAAUUUGCCGGCCGUCUGGCAAAGGAAGGAAUCCGCUACCAGAUGAAGGGGAUGGUGGCCGAUCCGGAGGAGUGCAAUAUGGAGGAGCUGCUGAUGUUGAAAGACAUCGACAAAUCGUUGGCCGUGUUUUGCCUGGCCACGUACGGUGAGGGCGAUCCGACGGACAACUGUAUGGAGUUUUACGAUUGGAUUCAAAACAACGAUCUGGAUAUGACCGGUUUGAAUUACGCGGUGUUUGGCCUCGGUAAUAAAACGUACGAGCAUUACAACAAGGUCGGCAUCUAUGUGGACAAGCGGCUGGAGGAGCUCGGAGCGAACAGAGUGUUUGAGCUUGGACUGGGUGACGAUGACGCGAACAUUGAGGACUACUUUAUCACGUGGAAAGAAAAGUUUUGGCCGACGGUGUGCGAUUUCUUUGGCAUUGAAAGUACGGGCGAGGAUGUGCUGAUGCGACAGUACCGUCUGCUGGAGCAACCGGAUGUCGGUGCAGACCGCAUCUAUACCGGCGAGGUGGCCCGUCUACACUCCCUUCAAACACAACGCCCACCGUUCGAUGCGAAGAACCCGUUCCUGGCACCGAUCAAGGUAAAUCGGGAGCUGCACAAAGCCGGUGGCCGUUCUUGCAUGCACGUGGAGUUCGACAUCGACGGAUCGAAGAUGCGGUACGAGGCGGGUGACCAUCUCGCCAUGUACCCGGUGAACGAUCGCGAUCUGGUCGAGCGGCUCGGCAAGCUGUGCAACGCCGACCUGGAAAAGGUGUUUUCGCUGAUCAACACCGACACGGACAGCAGCAAAAAGCAUCCAUUCCCCUGCCCGACUACCUACCGGACCGCGCUGACGCACUACCUGGAGAUAACCGCGUUGCCCCGAACGCAUAUCCUCAAGGAGCUGGCCGAGUACUGUUCGGAAGAGAAGGACAAAGAGUUUCUCCGAUUCAUCUCGUCGACCGCGCCGGACGGCAAGGCAAAGUACCAGGAAUGGGUACAGGACAGCUGCCGCAACGUGGUGCAUGUGCUGGAGGAUAUCCCGUCCUGCCAUCCACCGAUCGAUCACGUGUGCGAACUAUUGCCGCGUCUGCAGCCCCGCUACUACUCCAUCUCUUCCUCGUCGAAGAUCCACCCGACGACGGUACAUGUGACGGCGGUGCUGGUGAAAUACGAGACGAAAACGGGCCGAUUGAACAAGGGUGUCGCCACAACAUUCUUGGCCGAGAAGCAUCCGAACGAUGGGGAACCGUUGCCGCGCGUACCUAUUUUUAUCCGCAAGAGUCAGUUCCGACUACCGCCGAAGCCGGAAACGCCAGUUAUUAUGGUCGGACCCGGUACUGGGUUGGCACCGUUCCGUGGUUUCAUACAGGAGCGUGACUUCUCCAAGCAGGAGGGCAAGGAAAUAGGACAGACGACGCUAUACUUUGGCUGCAGAAAGCGUACGGAGGACUACAUAUAUGAAGACGAACUGGAAGAUUAUUCUAAACGCGGCAUCGUUAACCUGCGUGUUGCCUUUUCGCGUGACCAGGAGAAGAAGGUUUACGUGACGCAUCUGCUCGAGCAAGAUUCCGACUUGAUAUGGAACGUUAUCGGCGAAAAUAAGGGACACUUUUACAUCUGCGGUGAUGCGAAAAAUAUGGCCACCGAUGUGCGAAACAUUCUGCUGAAAGUCAUUCGCUCAAAGGGUGGUUUAAGCGAAACUGAAGCACAGCAGUACAUCAAAAAGAUGGAAGCACAAAAACGAUACUCGGCGGACGUGUGGAGCUAA